AUGGCGACCCUUAACCCUCUACGUGUCGGGGUUCUUCUCGUCGACACCGUCCAGCUUCUAGACAUUGCUGCCGUCGACCUCCUCUUCAUGACGGAUCCCGAGUACAUCAAAGAGAUCGGCAUGCCAAAGUCAAUGCAGGAGCUUGGUAGACCCUGCCAGGUCCAUUACAUCGGCCGUGGCGAAGCAAAGGAACACUCGCCUGUGACUGCCAACAUGGAGCUCUCCUUGACCGACUCUCUUACCAGCCCCGCCGUUGCGCCCGGACAACUUGACGUGCUUUUCGUUCCUGGUCCUCCUCCUGAUAAUAUGCCAUGCGGCGAUGACUAUCUGGAAUUCUUGCGUGAACAUUUCAAGGCCGGAGCCGAGAUCAUGUCGGUUUGUACCGCUGCCUUGGUGGUUGCAUACUCCGGCAUCACCAAGGGAAGAGUUGCCACCGCGCCUCGCUUCUUGAUUCCGCGUCUGCGAAAGGAGUUCCCGGAUACUAGGCUCUGGGAUGACUCCAUGCGAGUCGUGCGUGACGGAAACCUCUGGUCCUGCGGCGGAAUCACCAACGGCCAUGACUUGAUGGCGGAAUACCUCCGCCAGAACUACCCGGCACCACUUGUGAAUGUGAUUCUCGGGGCUGCAGAUAUUGUGCCUCGCAAGAUCGAAUACCCAACUGGUCCUGCCACCGAUAAUGCCUUCUUCCUCUGGCAGAUUCUGCGAUCCGUGCCUCGCUAUGUUCUUCGCAUGUGCAACCUCCAGGGCUGA